GUUUAAAAGGAGUAAUCAUUUUAAGCACAAUUCUCCAGGAAGAAUCCAACUUGGGAUUUUCUUUGCUUGCUUCCCACACACACAAAACCAUAAAUACUUAAGAAAACUCUUCGAACCUUGUUUAAUCUCCACAAGUUUACUCUAUUUAUAUCUCCUCUGUAUCAUCCUUUUAUUUUUCUUACAGGACUUAGUGUCAGAUUCAUGGCGAGGAUGAGAAUGGGACCGCUUGGCUACAUGCAUAAGAGCCGCACGGGCACCGAAUGGGAUGAGACAGGCCGCACCGCAAUUUCGUUGAUCAUUGUCUCAUUUGACAACUGUUCAGUAACAUCCAUACAGUUCGGAUUCGUUGAGAAUGGAAAGCUUGUCAUGUCAAAAACGUAUGGGGCAUCAGGAUUUAGCAAACGAGUUAUAAGGCUGAACCAUGAGACUGAGUUUGUGACCGGGAUAAGCGGGGAGAUAGCCAGUGGCUCUGGUAUUUCUUCUCUGACGUUUCAUACAAAUCUUAGAGAGCACGAAGCCUUUCACUUGAAAAUUGAUGCAGGGGAAAAAGCAUUUCAUCCGUGGAAAAGGGUGUUUUAUUCAGGGAUAGUUGAUCGCCGUGAAUUUGAAGGCUUCUUUGGAUUCUAUGAUGAAUAUCGUUUGCUCACAAUUAAUUUCUUUGUGACGCAUAUCUUAUCUGAUGUGAAGACGAUUAAAAAUGAAAAGUAAUGAAGUUUUCUUGGUCCUCUCUAGUUGAGAACCAUGACUCAUUGGUCUCAACUAAUAAUUUCUUUUCUUUGUUAGUGUAUGAUGUACUGUGUUUAAU